AUGGAAGCGUUCUGUCAAUAUCGACAUACACUCGGGUUGCCCGCUUCGGUGUUAAAUGCAGCUCUGAUUGAGGGGGUGGGGUUUGUGGCAGAAAAUGGGGCGGCGAGGAGGAAGCUGAAGCUGAAGGCGCAGGGACAUUGGUUUUUGGAUGAGAGGGCGCUUUGGAAUUCGUUCCCGGUGGGGCUGGGGAGGGAUGAGGAUGGGAGUGGUGGAGCGUGGGUGAAUAAGGGUCAUGUUGUUAUGGGAUUACUGUCGGAGAUACCGCUAGAUGAUCCGUCGAAUCGUGCGACUUGGAAGGGCGACCGACGGAUGGGUGUUUAUCAUAAUGCUCGCAGUGAGAAAGCGUCGCAAGCAUUGAGCGGAUCAGGUAAGUUAAGAGAAUUCCUUGCGCGGGUUGAGAAUCAGCCGGAUCUGCUGAAGGAGAAGUCAAGCAAAGAAUUUCUGGUAGUUCAGAUUGGAAGGAAGAUAUCUAGUUUCAUUCUGAUAACUGAAGAAGAUAUAGAUACGUCACUCAAUCUUAUAGACGCUGGGCUGGAUUAG